UCUCCUCUCCCUUUCUCUGCUCUUUUUUCUGCUUCCUGUCUCGUAUUGUGCUGGGGAGCGGAUGUGUGCAUCGCCCACAGGUGUGUCUCUCCCAGAGAGGGAAGCUGCAGGUCCUGGUGGUGUACUCUGCGCUGAUAUGGCCCCAGGAGUGUGCAGGGGCAGUGGGCACGGCGCUGGACUUGGCUUGCAGCUGGAGGCUUGCCUGUGAUCAGCUCUAAGUGUGCUGGGCACUCUGCUUCAACUUUCGAUUUGUGGGUACCUUUGUAAAGCUUUGCGAACAGUGAGGAUUUUCUCGCUAAUCACAGGUUCCAUUUAUUCUAUGAAUUUCUGGCGCUGAAUACUUCACAGGGUUUUACCCAGACAUGGCUGUAUGGAUUCACGCUUUCAGCAUCCUGAACUGCAUCAUAUUGUUAUCGAAAGCAGAAGUCUUUAAACUUUUUACCAGUGACAAUGAAUUAAAUCACUUGGCAGUUGACCAUAGCACUGGUACCGUUUAUGUGGGAGCAGUCAACCAUCUUUACCAACUUAAUGAGAACCUUUCGCUCCUCGUUAAUGUGACCACAGGUCCUAAACUUGAUAAACAUGUUUGCACGCCACCCAUUGAUGCAAAUCAGUGUCCAAAUGCUGUGAUGACAGACAAUUACAAUAAACUGCUAUUACUAGAUAUUCCUAAAAACCGAAUAGUUGUAUGUGGAAGCAUUUUUAAAGGAAUAUGUUCCCUGAGGUCCAUGGUGGACAUCUCAAGUAUACAAUCUUAUGAUGAUACGAGAGGAGAAAAAUCUUUUGUUGCGAGUAUCUAUGAGAAAAUUACUACUGUUGGCUUGGUCACCGAUAUGUCCUCUUUGGGUCCAAGGGUUCUAUUUGUUGGGAAAGGCAAUGGCCAAUACGACAAUGGAAUAAUUAUUAGCACACGGAUACUUGAUCAACAAGGGGACAAAGAUCCCUUUGAGACCUACAUGGAUUCGGCAACAUUCAAGCAGGCAGCUAUCAGUACCAACUUCCAGCAUUUUGUAACGGCUUUUGAGGAUGAAAAUUUUGUGUAUUUUGUCUCCACCCAGGCUGAUAAAAAUUCCAAUGGCAAUCGAACACUUAUUACCCGUUUGUGUAAAAAUGAUUCCAACUACUUUUCCUAUAUUGAGAUGGAUUUGCAAUGCAAAGACAAAGAUGGGAUCAGCUUUAACAUAUGCCGCUCGGCAUUCAUUACCGAGCCUGGGGAGAAGUUGGCAAGUCACAUAUUCACGUCUUCCGAAAAUGGGAAGGUGCUUUUUGGGGUUUACAGUAAAGAUGUUCCAAAUCAGGAAACGACUGCCCUUUGUAUGUUUUCGCUAAGGGACAUAAAUAAGAAAUUUGAAGAGAACAGAGAUGCGUGCUACACUAGUAAGACGGACAAUGUAUUCAAGGAUGGAAAGAAGAUAUUUUACAAGCCAUAUGGUGCCGAAAUCAAAUGCGGAGGAUCCAGUUUAUCGAAUCCAGCCAGUAAGUAUCCCUGUGGAGAUGAGCACUUACCAUACCCCUUGGAAUCACGAGAUGGAGUGGUGGCAGAACCAGUGUUGGUGCGAAAAACGAAUCCAUAUACCUCCGUUGCUAUAUCCGUUGUGAAUGAGCAUACGGUUGCAUUUUUGGGUACAGCCGAAGGGAAGCUUGUUAAGGCCUUUCUAGGGGAACAGUCUAGUGAGUACAAGACAAUACACUUGGACUCACACAGUGCAGUGAAAGAUGGCUUGGCCUUUGAUGCGUCUAGAGAACAUAUAUAUGCAAUGAAUAAAGAAAAGAUAUAUAAAGUACCCGUCCAGAAAUGCCAUCAAUAUUCGGACUGCAAUCAAUGCAUUCAGGCAAAAGAUCCUUAUUGUGGCUGGUGUGUGCUAGAUGGAAAAUGUACCACGAAAGGAGACUGUAUGAGUGCCGGGGAACCAAACCACUGGUUAUGGAGUCGAGACGGAGUUUGCAUAAAGGUCGAGAGUGCAAACCCGCAGAAUAUGAGCGUGAUGGCCCCUGGCAAGGUUGUUUUAACUGUGAAUCCACCUGUAACCUUAAAAGAUGAUGACCACCUAAUGUGUACGUUUGGUGAUAAAGUAGACCACGCUGAGCUGCAUGAAGAUGGGACCAUAUCUUGCCCUCCUCCUGACAAUAUUCCUGAAACCGAAAAAGGGAAAGAUAAUGUGAAUGUCACUAUUAAUCUACACUUUGAAAAGCGCGAAACUGUGUUUUUUGCUAAUUAUUCGUAUCCAUUUUAUAACUGUAAACAAGCAAUGUAUCUCUCCGAAAAUUUGCCGUGCUCUUCUUGUGUGAACAGUCAGUGGAAAUGUCAGUGGGCACCAGAUAAACACACUUGUUCGGAUUUUAACCUAGAUACGGUGAAUGAAGGAACGAUCACAAGGGAAGAAGAUUGUCCUCAGUUCUUUGAUCCGGAACCUUCGAUUAUUCCAAUGGAACAUAAAACCACCAUAAAAUUUAAAGGGAAGAAUCUGGAACAUUUUCAGGGAGAGGCCUUCAAUGCUGGCUACAAUCGCACCGAUUUCGAAGCAGCUGUGAGCGAGGAGUCUGGAGAUUUUUCACUCGCCAUACCAGAGAUCGCGGCACAAAAUAAAGACAAUGUCCCUCUGAAUAUUUACAUAAAGGUGAAGGACAGGAACAUUGACAGCAAACUGAAUGUAAAUCUAUACAACUGCUUUUACGGAAGAAGUGACUGCAGUUUGUGUCUCGCUGCCAACGAUACCUACGAGUGUGUGUGGUGCAACAAUAAAUGUGUUUACAAGGAAAAGUGUACGGGAACGCCAACCUCAGAGUGUCCUGCUCCUGUCAUCACAGAUUUUGAGCCUAAAACGGCUCCGCUACUUGGUGGGAUUCGUCUUACGAUAAAGGGAUCGAAUUUGGGUGUGAUCGAUACAGAUGUGGAAGAAAUAAAAGUUGCAAACACUCCGUGUGAAUUUGUGAAAGAAGAAUAUUCCGUUUCCACCCGGGUUGUGUGCACAGUUGGUGCAUGCAUUGACGGUAGCACCUCAGGAAAUAUCGAAAUAAAGGUUAAAGAGAAACUGGGAAGUUCCCCGGAGGGUCUUAUGUUUGUCUAUCAGGAUCCAGGUCCAAAUACAGUAACCCCAGCAGAAGGUAUUUUAGCUGGAGGGACUAACAUAACGAUUACUGGGGAGCAUUUAAAGACUGGAUCAAUGAGUGAUAUCAAAGUAAUGGUUGGAGAUAUACCCUGUACUGUCAUUGAAUUUGGUGAAAGCAUAGUGUGCUCUACAGGACAAGCCGCAAAGGACGGAGAAGUGAUUGUCACGUUGCAGUACGGGACCCAGACUAAAAAAGAGGCCGGAAAAUUCUUCUAUAAACCCAAUCCAGUUAUUAUGCAUUUCAGUCCAGACAAAAGCUUUGUAAGCGGAGGAAGAAACAUUACAGUUUCGGGGACAGGAUUUAACCUUGUUCAGAGUUUAAGCAUGAUCGCCACGUUUCCUAAUGGAAGAGAGGAAAGACACACAAGUGAACAGGAUCCCAGAUAUAGUGAAGAUGUCCUCGAGAGAGUCAAUGAUUCCCUGCUAAUAUUCUCUACUCCCAAAGUACCAGAAAACAUACAGAACUCUGAGGUUCUCACUGUGAUUAAAAUGGACGGGUACGAGACACCUCUGCAGACAAGGGAUCUUAAUUUCGGUUAUGUAUCUGAUCCUACAUUUGAGAAUUUUACAGAUGGAAUUAAGAAACAAGUGAACAAUCUAAUUAAUGCAAAGGGUACUAACCUCAAUGCCGCAAUGUCCAUACAAGAGGCGAAGGCAUUUGUGGGAGAGGGUCCUUGUAAGAUAAGUACAUUGACGAACACCGACCUUUACUGCGUUCCACCAGACGAACAACCACUUCCUAGAAGGCGACACAAGAGAGACACCAGCAACAGUCUUCCUGAAUUCAUAGUUAAGUUUGGGAACAGAGAGUGGGUUUUAGGAAAGGUAGAAUACGGCCAAUCCGCAGCAUUUCCUCUGAACAUAAUUAUCCCCGUGGUUCUGAUUCCCAUGAUUUUAAUCAUCGCCAUUUCAAUUUACUGCUACAGGCGGAAGAGUCAGCAGGCCGAGCGGGAGUACGAGAAAGUAAAACUGCAGCUGGAGGGCUUGGAAGAGAGUGUGCGAGAGCGUUGUAAGAAAGAAUUCACAGAUCUUAUGAUUGAGAUGGAAGAUCACACCAGUGACCUCAAUGAAGUGGGCAUCCCAGUUCUGGAUUACAAAACCUACACCGACCGCGUGUUCUUCUUGCCAUCGUCCAAUUAUGGGGAGAACGAUGUAAUGAUCACUGGUCGGCUGGAUAUUCCCGAAUCGAGAAAGCAAACGGUGGAGCAGGCACUCAACCAGUUCUCAAAUCUUCUCAACAGUAAAUCUUUCCUCAUCAGUUUUAUCCACACUCUGGAGGCCCAAAAGGACUUCUCUGCCCGUGAAAAACUCUACUUUGCUUCCUUGCUGACCGUCGCGUUGCACGGAAAGCUGGAGUACUACACAGAUAUCAUGAGGACUUUGUUUCUGGAGCUCAUGGAGCAGUAUGUCGCCAAGAAUCCUAAACUGAUGCUUAGAAGAUCGGAAACUGUUGUUGAACGUAUGUUGUCAAACUGGAUGUCGAUUUGUUUAUAUCAGUAUUUAAAGGACACAGCUGGCGAACCGCUAUACAAAUUAUUCAAGGCAAUCAAACAUCAAGUGGAAAAAGGCCCUGUGGAUGCUGUACAAAUUAAAGCCAAAUACACACUGAACGAUACGGGAUUACUGGGGGAUGAUGUCGAAUACACACAGUUGACUGUUAAUGUCAUUGUCCAGGGGGAUGACGCCGAACCGGUACCCGUCAAAGUUCUAAACUGUGAUACAAUCACCCAAGUGAAAGAGAAGAUAGUGGAUCAGGUUUAUAAGAACAUUAAUUUUUCACAGAGGCCAAAAGCAAGCAGCCUGGCGUUGGAGUGGAGGCCUGGCUCUACAGCACAGAUAUUGUCCGAUUUGGAUUUAACGUCCCAGAAGGAAGGCCGGUGGAGGCGUGUUAAUACACUCAUGCAUUAUAAUGUAAGGGAUAAUGCCACUCUUAUAUUGUCGAAGAUUGGAAUCUCUCAACAACAAGAGGAAAAUCACCAUGACUUCCCAGGGGAGAGGCAUGCUUUACUCGAAGACGAAAACAAAACGUGGCAUCUUGUCCGUCCAGCAGACGAGGUCGAUGAAGGCAAAUCCAAAAGAGGAAGUAUGAAAGAGAAGGAACGAACGAAAGCAAUAACAGAAAUCUACCUAACAAGGCUACUUUCUGUCAAGGGUACGCUACAGCAGUUCGUUGACAACUUCUUUUUGGCCGUUCUCAAUUCCAACCAAGUGGUACCUCCAGCUAUCAAGUAUUUCUUUGACUUCCUUGACGAGCAAGCCGAAAAAUAUGAAAUUAAAGAUGAAGACACUGUUCACAUAUGGAAAACAAAUAGUUUAUCUCUAAGAUUCUGGGUUAAUAUCUUGAAGAACCCACACUUCAUAUUUGACGUACAUGUUCACCAAGUGGUGGACGCGUCCUUGUCGGUCAUAGCACAGACUUUCAUGGACGCUUGCAGCAGGACGGAGCACAAACUGAGCAGAGAGUCUCCGAGCAACAAGUUGUUAUACGCCAAGGAGAUUUCAACAUACAAAAAAAUGGUGGAAGACUAUUACAAAGGCAUCCGUCAGAUGGUAUCGGUGAGCGACCAGGACAUGAACACACAUUUAGCAGAAAUUUCAAGGGCACACACAGACUCACUAAACACACUUGUAGCACUACAUCAGCUGUACCAGUACACAAAUAAAUAUUAUGAUGCGAUCAUAAAUGCUUUAGAAGAAGACCCGGGAGCGCAGCGCAUGCAAUUAGCAUGCCGGUUACAGCAGAUAGCAGCAGCUCUAGAAAAUAAAAUCACAGACCUCUGAUUGGAAAGAACAUGUUCCUGAAGAAAAAGAAAAAAAUCACAAAACAAAGAUGUUAACAUUUUUCUCUUCUUAAGGAAACAGAGUAUUAUAUUUUUUAAAAUGUCCUAUUGCCUGUUUUUUUUUUUUAAUUGAACAGAUUCAUUUGUUUUCAUAGUGUACACACAGUGUAAAGUGAGGAAACAAACAAAAAAAAAGUUAAAAUGAUUUUUACUGUAAAUGAAGCCUCAAAUUUUAAAAUGCGUCCUACGUGGGGUGGGUUUUUAUAUAAUGGAUGAACUUGCACAAAACAGUCAGCUGCAUUAACAUUUUUUUAAAUUGGGUUUUGCAAAUCCGUUCCAUCUUUUAUUUUAUUUUUUCUUAUUUUUAUUUUUUUUUUCCCCAAUGUGUUUUUUAGCCAAGCAAUAUGUUUUAUAAGCAAUCAUUUCAACUCAAAAGGACUUGGCAAUUCUUGCACUUCCUCACGUUUUCCAUACAUAAGAUGAACUGGACUUGCAGUAUGAAAUUUGCACAUUUGUAUGGAAACACGGUGCCAUGCGGCUUGGAAAACGCAACGUACGGCUGCGCAGAUUGUAAACGGAAUUCAUGUUGCCAAUACAAGCAAAAGAUAAAACACAAAAAUCUGAUUUCACUGAAGCACAAAUCAAGGCUUGUCGCGUUUCCCCUUUUUUACGCUGAGUUUUAUUUUAUAUAGAUAUACAUUCUAAUGUGCCUUACAUGUUCCAGACAUACAGAUGAAUACAUGAUUUUGUAAAGAGUACAGAAAAUUUAUUUAUGCCACUGAUUUUUUUCUUCUUUUUUCCUUUUGUGAAAAAAAGAAAUCGUGACCUACCUGUAAUUAUUUGUGAGUCACUUUAGUACAAGCUGACCUGAAAAUGUACAAAUUUCAUAUGUUUCUCUUGUAUUAAAAUGUUACUAGUAUUUGUUUUGUUGCAUCCGGUAGCUUAAAAAAAACAAAUGCACCUCUACAUUGUAUCUUACAUUAGGAUUGUAAAACGCGUUAACAAUACUAUAUUCAUGUUAGAAAUACCACAACCAGCAUCUGAUUGUAAACUUGAGAUCUCCAAUAAAGAGUCUCACAUCUUA